AUGACACGCAAUCAACAUAGUCCUCAAUACGGAGCUGUUGAUGAAAGCGGCAUAUAUCAAGCAUGUCCUAAGUGGAAAGCUGCUUCGCUGACAGCUGCGGUGAAGGCUAUCUCUAGCUCUCAAAGUAUGCUUUCGGAGGAUACCAAGAUCUUAUUGAUAUUCCUUUCUUUCCUCUCGAUACCUGAUAAAAUUCCUUUAGACCUGCUUUUUCGGGGCGGCUCGCCGCGCAAACGCUGGUCCGAAGCAGGCGACAUCGAACAGUUGAACGCGGAUCAUAGUGAUCUUGCUCACGAAUUAUGUGUGUUUCUUUCGGAUGAAACCAGGCUGCAAAACUCUAUCAAUGAGUCAAGAUCGUCCUCUGCCAUUCUUGAUAGUAGUGAUGGAACAUACACCUUGAAUGAAGCUACUAUGAGUGGCAUUUCUAAGAAGCUCACUGCGGAGGAUGCUUCUGUUUGGAGAAGCCAGGUCUUAGUCGUUACAUAUCGAGCAAUCCCAUGGAAAUACAUUGAGUCUACUACUAUACAAACCAAACUACUCCUGCCACACCUUAAACAUGUCCUACAAACCUUUCCCGAUUUUGCACAGCACCUCUCUGCGAGUACCAGAGCAGACCUCGCGCUCACUCUCAUUGAGGCAUCUCGAUUUCCUACUAUAGCAUGGAAAGAGUUCGCUUUGAAUCAAGUGAAGGUCGCUUCAGAUGUUGUAGAGGACCAUUAUAUCCAGGCCUGUUUCGCACUGUCUCAAUGUGUCUUUCAUCGAAUUACUGGAAACAUGGACCAAGCUGCCAGUAGUCUUGAUCCUAUCCAAGACAUAACAUCAAUGGAUAGGAGAAUGCAUUCAGCUAUCGGCUAUUCAGCUAUCCAAAGCUCUCUCAACUGCAUUCAAGUUGAAGACCUCUCUACUGCCGAGGCGUUACUAGAUGAUUGGAAACCCUCAGACGAGCAUCCAUCCUUGCUUGAACAAACGGUCAUGUUCCGCAAGCAUAUGAUCCUCGGGAGGAUUUUGCGUUUCAAAGGCAGCUUCCGAGAAUCGCUGAUGCAUCUCGCUAAGGCGCAGGAGAUGGUCAAACGACAUGACAAGCUCAAUUUCGACGAAGAUCUUCGUGAUUUCAUCUGUGACCAAGCUGACACGCUCCGAGAACUUGACGAGCCUGAGACUGCAGAGCGUUUGCUGCGUGAAGAGAUUGACCGUCGAGAUAGGGACUGUAUCCCAGGCAACACAUAUCGAUUGAAAUUGACUCUAGCGGAAGCAGUAUUUGCCCAGAAACGCCUUGACGAGGUGGAGAGAAUCUGCUUAGGUGUCAAGUCCCAACCAGGACUCCUAAAGCUUGACAACCUGCGCUUACAAAUCACGAUGGCAAAAAUACGAGAUUCCAAGUGUGAUAAGAAAGGAGCAUUACGAUAUUGGAUUGGAGCGAUGAAAGAAGUUGGAAAGUUCCAUUUGACAAAUGGUUAUACGACUCGGAUAAUCAUCCUGUCUAUUCGUGAUUCGCUGAGUGGUACAGAGGAGGCCGAGAUGAUGGAAUCAACUUCUCUCCAGCAAGUUAAUGUUCUUGGUGAAAAUGCGAAGCCUGGAGGGACUAAGUACUGGAUUGGAGGCCUGGAUCAUUGGGCACGAUCUAAAGGGUUUGACAAUAUUCUCAAUAUCUCCUGA